AUGAAGCCCGCUCGCCACAAGGUCUCGCGCCAACAGAGACGAAGACGGUGGAUGACAGCCCGGGUCGGAAACGCUGCGGCCGUCCUGGCUGCUGCGUGGUCCCUGCCGCACAGGUGCUGCCAGGCCCUCCGGGCGCCCUGUUCUUCAUCGGCCAUCUCGGGUGCGGGCUACCAGUACCGGAGCUAUGUGGGCACCGCCGCCCAGCGGGCGAGCAGGACGACCGCGAGACUCUCGGGAGGCUUCGUGCCAGGCGGCGCGGGCAGACGGAAGGUGGUUGCUGCGGCGGAAUCAAGGCGCUUCAUCAGCAAUGGUGGUGGCUUUGUCGGCGACAGCAGCAGGCUUGUAGCGCAGCAGCGGCGGGCACCAGCAGCAGGGGCAGUGCGAAUGGCGUCGGGUGGAGGGUCGGACGAGAGCCAGUUUUUCACUGACCCGGACGCUCCGUCAGAGGUGGAUGGGGUGGGGCCGCCAGGACCGUUAGUGGGAGGAGAUCAGGUGGUGAACGUGGGGCUUGAGGCGGAGAUCAAGACCUCGUUCAUGCAGUACGCCAUGAGCAUUAUCCUGGGCCGAGCCUUGCCGGACGUACGUGACGGGUUGAAGCCCGUCCACCGCCGCAUUCUGUACGCCAUGUACGGCCUCAACCUCAACCCCGAGGGGACGCACAGAAAGUGCGCUAGGGUGGUGGGGGAGGUGCUUGGAAAGUACCACCCGCACGGGGACACGGCCGUGUACGACGCGCUCGUCCGCAUGGCGCAGGACUUCGUCAUGAGUGCUCCGCUGAUCCAGGGUCACGGCAACUUCGGCAGCAUCGACAACGACCCCGCGGCGGCCAUGCGUUACACCGAGUGUAAGCUGUCGAGCGUGGCGAAGGACACGCUCCUGACGGACAUCAACCUCGACACGGUGGACAUGAUGACCAACUUCGACGGUAACGAGAAGGAGCCGGUCGUGCUGCCAUCCCGCUUACCGCUGCUGCUGAUCAACGGUGCCACCGGCAUCGCCGUCGGCAUGGCCACCAACAUCCCUCCGCACAACCUGGGAGAAGUGGUGGCGGCAACGAUAGCCCUCAUCAGGAACCCCGGAAUCCCGGACGACCAGCUGUUCCGGCUCUUGCCUGCUCCCGACUUCCCAACGGGAGGGCGUAUCAUGGGCCUGGCCGGCGCGCGCAAGCUCUACACGACUUCCAACGGGGGCGUUACGCUCCGCGCGACCACUCACAUCGAGGUGAUCGAGGCGAAAGGCAGGACGAAGCGGAACGCCGUCGUGGUGACGGAACUCCCCUACCAGGUCAACAAGUCCUCCCUGCUGCAGAGGAUGGCCGAGAUGGUGAACGACAAGAAGCUGGAAGGCAUUUCUGACCUCCGGGAUGAGAGUGACCGCGACGGCGUGAGGGUUGUGGUCGAGCUGAAGCGGGACGCUAACCCUCAGGUGGUGGAAAACAACCUGUUCAAGAAGACGCAGCUGCAGACGUCCUUUAGUGGCAACAUGCUGGCUCUUGGGAGCGACGGGACAAAGCCGCACCGGUUCAGCUUGAGAGCGGCGAUCCAAUCCUUCGUCGACUUCCGGUUCACCACCGUGCGGAGGCGGACUGCGUUUGAGCUCGGCAAGGUGCGGGCGAGAGAGCACAUCGUGCAGGGCAUGCUUCAAGCGCUCGGCAUGAUCGACGCCGUCAUCGAGCUCGUCAGGGCCAGCACCGACACGCCGAUGGCCCGCGACGGCCUGAUGGCGGAGCCCUACGGGCUGUCUCAAGAACAGGCGGACGCCAUCCUGGCCCUCCGGCUGGGAAGGCUGACCUCCAUGGAAGAGGGGAAGCUCAAGGCAGAGGCGGAAGACCUCAAGGCCGCCAUGGAGAGGCUGGAAGGUGUGAUGAACGAGGACUCCAAGGUGAUGGACAUCAUCGUGGAGGAACUCACCGAGGCUAAGAACAAGCACGCGGUCCCCCGCAGGACCAUGAUCAAGCCCGACGAAGGCGAGCUCCACGAAGAGGACCUGCUGGCCAAUGACAACUCGGUCGUGGUGGUGACCGCUGCCGGCUACAUCAAGCGCAUGCCGCUGGAAGAGUUUACGGCGCAGAACAGGGGGACUCGAGGCAAGGCCGGUGCCAAGAUGUCAUCCGACCACGACGUAGUGCAGCACUUCUUCACCUGCCAGGACCACGACACGAUUCUCUUCGUGUCCGACAAGGGAGUGGCGUACGGGAUUAGGGCGUUCCAAGUCCCUGUGGGGUCUCGCACGGCCAAGGGCGUCCCGGUGCCUCAGGUGCUGCCCAUCGCGGGAGACGAGCAGAUCGCGAGCGUGCUGGCCGUGGACGACUUCAGGGAGGAUGAGUACCUUGUGCUCCUCACACAGAAAGGCUACAUCAAGCGCACCCCUCUGGCGGCUUUCAAGUCCACGUCCAGCCGGGGGCUCAUCAUUAUCAGCCUGGGGGAAGACGACACUCUCCGCUGGGUUAAGAGGUGCUGUGACGAAAACGGCAUUGUCAUCGGUUCCAAGCAGGGCUAUGCCACCCGAUUCUUGGCCAACCAGAAGGACCUCCGGCCAUCAGGGAGAACGUCCAGGGGCGUCAAGGAAGAGGGACACUCCCUCUUGGUGCUGACCACGAGAGGCUACGGCAAGCGCGUCGCCUUGAACGAGUUUAAGACCACUCGAAGGGGCGGCAAGGGCGUGAUCGCGCUCAAGCUGAGGCAGAAGCUCGAAGACACGCUUGCCUGCUUCCGCAUAGUGGGGGCAGACGACGAGAUCAUGCUAUCAACGGCCCAGGGCACCAUCGUGCGGCAGCGCGCGGGCGCGAUCGCCCGGCAGUCUCGAACGGCAACGGGGGUCAUCGUGCAAAAACUGGACGCCAACGACGGCAUCAAGGACGUGGCGCUAGUGCCCGAAAUCAGUGAAGAUGCGGCCGCCGCUACCGGCCGCCCUGGUGCGUCUAGCGGUGAUGAUGUUGGGGCGGGGAGUGGGGAUGCCGGGGGAGUGGCAGAGGCGUUAAGGGGUGGCGGGGGUGAUGAUGAGUACGCCGAGGAGGAGGAGGGGUUGGGGUUCGGCAGAGAGGAGCUUGCGUGGAUGUCGUCGAUAGUGCGCGAUGUACCCGAGAACGUGCGUUGAAAGUGAUGGGGAUCUGUUAGAACGUGCCUUGCCUGUGUUUGGCCUGUUGCUAGUUGUUGCUUGCGCGCUCUUGUCCUGGCACUGGCUGAUGCUUCGGUGUUCCUGUGACUAUUUACAUCAUCGGGGUUGCAAUGGGUGGCGAAUCGGCGUUCAACUUGCUCCUUCACCACAUUAGGGUCAUGUUAUGUCUAGCAGACAUUCGCCCCUCGCUGUAGAUCAUGUGCUUCCUUCACGUGAGACAAUGGAUGGGAAAUGCUGACCCAC